AUGUCCUCUCUCUCGAACUUCCCUAAGCUUCCUACCAGCGUCGGUGGUCAACCUAUCCCAGACUUUCUCAAGUUCAAAGUCCGUGGUCCCGAAGGCUCGACCUUCGACGAGGGAAAGCUCUGGCACCCCAUUCAAUCGCUCGAAUUUACCUCCAAUAAUGAAUCCACCGGAGGUGGUUUGAUGAGCUUCCGUGGCAAUUACCAGGCCCGCUCGACCAGGCUAGUCGGCAAAGAAGCUUCCUCCAAGAGUGUCGUGAAACUUGACAGUGGCGAGUACGUCAAGGGCAUCAGUGGUACCGCUGACCACUAUAUCACUGGCCUCACGAUUCAUACAAGCAAGAGGGAUGUUCCCGUCGUCACUGGAAGUGGCGGCGCUGACUUCCAGUUUGUCGUACCUGCCGAUCAUCAAGUGGUCGCAUUCCACGGCACCGAAAAUGGUAAUCGCGUUGCAAGCCUUGGUGUAUUGCAUCAACGCCGUCUCGAGACUAUCUCUGAUACUUCUGCGCUCGCCGCUGAUGAUCCCACUCCCGUUCUUAACGCAUCUCUGUCCUCUCAAUGGUUGGACGCUAACACCCAAAAUGCUUGGGCUAAUAACGACAUGAGUACUGUCGAAAACCUGAAGAUUCAAGCUAGUCAAGACUUACUUCCCAUCUACUCCAACAUCGCAACCAACGGCGAUAGCGCUUGGACCGAAGUAGAAGGCGACGAUGGAGAGAUCUACUACCUCUCUUGGACUACGAACGGCGUCAUCUGGUCGUACACGCCUACCGCUUCCAAUAGCGUUAACAAGGCCAGUGGCACCACCACCGCUACUACCGAUACGAUUGUAUCGAUUGGCUCAUACUCCACUACUGCCAACUUCCUCGGCAUUAGUAUGUACACUUGGAGUAACAUCCCGACUACCGUCGUCUCUGCAGUUCUUGCUCUCGGAUUUGCUUUCUUGGUGCGCCCUAUUAUCCAGACUGGGCUUGAGAUUGGGCUUGCAGCUGCUGCAAACCUCCUUGCCGAGGGCCUUGCCGCCGCUGGUUUAGAAAGUGCCGCUGUACUUGUCCCAGCAAGCGUAGCAACAAUUGGAGGAGUUGUCAUUGCUGGCGUAUUGGGUGUAGCACUGGCCUUGGGGUGCAUUGCGCUUUCCAGUGUCAUCUUCAAACAGUACUUCUUGGUUAUCAAUAUCUAUAAUUUUGACACUGCCCACCAAUGGGCAACUGUACAACACUAUCAAGACAACUCAGUUGUGUCAAACGGGAGUUGGACAGACCAGACACUUGCCAAGUUCGUACUCAGUGGCAACAAGGUCGCUCCCCCAGGAUUUGACCCAGUGACGACACUCGAUAAUGUCGUCACAUAUCUCAACGCUAAUUUCCAAAAUGACAGCACCUUCUUGGAAGGUCUCGGCGAGGCCAUUGUCUUGAAUCGUGACGACGCAGCAGCCGCCUUGGCGAUUAAGUACGUUGUCAACCGAACUUCGGACAAUCAAAUUGGUGCCGAAGGCAUCAGUGGGUCUGGCGCAACAUACGAUCUAGGUAAUUAUUAUAACAGUGGUACUUGGAACACCUCUACCUCUUGUCAAACCACCGCCGGGAGCUUGACCGUCAACUGCUUCACGCCUGCAUUGAGAGGGGCGAGCAACGACACGUACACCUACGAAGUUAACGUUGGUCUUCCCCCCCCUUCAUCGUCUUGA